AUGACGAUAACAGACAAUGCUGUUUUAAUUGAAGCUCUAUCAAAAACUAGUGUAACAAUAAAUUUAUAUGCAUCUGUAAUUAUUUUCGUCUUUGGUGUUAUUGGUAAUACUCUUAAUAUAUUUGUUUUAACACAACGAACACUUCGUUCAGUUCCAUGUAUAUUUCUAUUUCUUAUAUCAUCAAUUGCUAAUCUUAUAUCAAUAAUAAUUGGUUUAACACCAAGAAUAGCAGCUACUUGGGAAUUAGAUAUAACAGCAACAUAUGAUAUUCCAUGUAAAUUACGUGCUUUUAUUACGUUUUCAUCACGAGCAGUAGCAUUAUGGUUAAAUACAUUAGCUACAAUAGAUCGAUAUAUGAUAUCAUCAAGUAAUCAUCAUUGUCGACAAUUAAGUUCAUUAAAAAAUGCUCAAAAAGGUUCAUUAGCUAUUGCUAUUAUUUCUAUUAUUCUCUAUACGCCAAUGCUCUAUUGUUAUAAAGCAAAUCUUAACUAUACACCUUUAAAAUGUUAUGGUAAUA